AUGGCAUUGGACUCGAACCAAGUUCCUGAAGACGAUCCGUCGAGGAAAGAGUCAUUCGAUGAUUCCUCACCACUCGUUCUUACACACCAAGAUAUCAAUCCUCGGAACAUCAUCGCAGGCGAAGAUGGUCGACUUUGGAUGAUCGACUGGGCAUGGGCAGGAUACUAUCCACCUUGGUUCGAGUAUGUAGCAAUGCAGAGACAGAAGAAGAACGAGGAAUAUAUUGGAUUCAAGGAUCAUUUCUGGGAGAAUUUGAUUCCUUUCGUCUGUGGACCAUACUUCAGACAGGAAAAAUGGCUGUUGAGGAUGUCGCGAGGGCUGUACUUUAAAUAA